AUGUCUUUCAUUACUCCGGAAGCGUGGAAGGCCAUAUACGGACAUGGUCACCAGCAGUUGCCCAAAGUAAAGACCUCCGUCAGCAACCCAAUGGACAUCAUCAGCUCCAAUGACGCUGACCAUAGUCGGUUUCGCAAAGCCCUAUCUCACGCCUUUUCUGCCAAGGCCCUACAAGCGCAGGAGCCCCUCAUGAACGGGUAUAUCGUUAGACUGAUCUCUCGGUUGACGGAUAUUGCGGAGAGUCAGCUGCCAGUCGACCUCGUCAAGUGGUACAACUUGACCACCUUUGAUAUCAUUGGUGACUUAGCCUUUGGGGAGCCUUUUGGUGGUCUGGAGAAUUCGCAAUAUCACCAUUGGGUUACGACCAUCUUUGAGUCCGUGAAGCUCAUCCCAUUCGUCAAGACAGGCGAUGCUUAUCCUGUGUUCUUCAAACUCUUGUCUCUCCUCGUGCCUAAGAAGCUAUUGGAUGCACGGAAGCAGCAGCAUGCGCACACCAGGACCACGGUCCAGAAAAGACUUCAGAACUCUUCUGCCUACAACCGCGACGACUUCAUGGACUCGAUGCUGCGGCACCGUGGCGGAAAGGACGGCUUGAGUGACGAAGAGCUCGUCGCUAAUGCUAAUAUCCUUAUCAUUGCUGGCAGCGAGACAACGGCCACUUUACUCUCCGGCGUUACAUACUGGCUUCUACGAAGCCCUGAUGCGCUCGCAAAAGUGAUGACGGAGGUUCGCUCCGCCAUGAAGACAGAGGCCGAUAUCAUCUCUACCUCUGCGGCUACUAACCUCCCCUACAUGCUCGCUUGCAUUGAGGAAGCGUUCCGAAUGUAUCCUCCCGUUCCGACCGGACUGCAACGCAUGACCCUCACCUCGACUUUCAUAUCAGGCUAUGAGAUUCCCCCUCGGGUGAGUGAAACCCCCACCCCUCGGAGAUUAGGAACCAGUGGCUAA